AUGAGAGGCAGUGGGGAGGUAAAUGGGGUUCAUUAUCGAGGAGUGAGAAUGAUGAGAUGUGGAAAAUAUGUGGCCGAGAUAAGAAAUCCGGCCACCAAGUCCACCAUCUGGGUGGGUACUUAUUACACGGCAGUGGACGCUGCCAGAGUCUACGACUCUGCCGCCAGGAGGUUUCACGGUGCCAAGUCCAAGAACAAUUUCCCUACAAGAAGGUUCCACGGUACCAUGCAAAGUUUUGUCCAUAAUGAGAAUAAUAACACUCAUGUGGAGUCAUCUCCUUUGGAUCUCACCCUUGCUCCGAUGAGAAAUUUUCCGGUCGAGUUUUGUCGCCAGAAGCGCCAAUUCACUGCAGCUCCUUCUCACAGCCGGCCCACGAGGUUCGAAAUUCCUCCGGCGGCGCCUCAGCUGGGUCUCCACCUUAGCUUAAGUUUGAUUUCCAGAGGCUAUGGGGAAUUGCAGAGGAUACGGGCCGUUGAGGCCCGUCGGAAUGCGCUCGAUCUUGAUCUCAACCGCCCUCCACCGGAGGAGGUUUGGCGCCAGUGGGGAUUAGCUUUGAAAUAA